CGCCGCCGCCCAUCAUGGCAACGAUCGGAACCGACCCGACGACAACCACGUACGCAUACAUUGGCAUCGUGGUGGGCUUUGUCGUGUUCGUUGCGACGCUUGGGGCUGUCUUCAUGCUGCUGUACUUUGGUGGGUCCUUUGACCGCAUGAAGCACGAGGCUGCGGGAUUGCCAACGUCAAACGACCAAAUCAAGCCACUAUUGUACGACGAUUUGCUCGAGAAAGCCGCCUCGCUCGCGCUCAAGCCUGCUGCGUACUCGCUGGAUGGCCAGUUUGUCCACGUUCGACCUUUGGAUAGCAUUCCCGAUCGAAAAGGCAUUGUUUCGACGCUUUAUGAGAUCUCGUCGGGACGAGCCAUCAGCGGCAUAUACGGCGGGAAGGCAUUUGAUGCAGAUGCGACGCUGUGGCGCUAUAUGUUGUCUGGACCAUAUGCGACCGUCGAAGACUUUGAGAAGAGUCGAUGCACCGAAGGCGACAACCAACGGCUCUUUGUUGUGCUUGAUGCUGGCACGUCCAAACCGAUUGGGAUGGUCGGCCUCCUCAACCAUUCCCCGAAAGAUUUGCGCGUUGAAAUAGGCGCGUUUUGGAUCGUACCAUCGUUCCAAGGCACUGGAAUCCAUCGGGAGGUCGUAUACCUUCUCCUGGACGCGCUCUUUCGUAAAAACAACUACCGUCGGGUCGAGUGGAGAUGCGACGGGUUCAACGUCCGGUCGCGCAAGACGGCACACAGCUUGGGGUUCACGAUGGAAGGAGUGCUGCGGAAACACAUGAUCGCCAAGGGUGCCAACCGCGACACAGUCGUCUUCUCGGCGCUCAACGGCGAGUGGCCCGUCAUCCAAGAAAUGCUCCAGACCAAGCUCACCGCCAUGCUCGCAAAGCGCCAGCCCAAAUCGAAAGCCGACUGAUUCGGGCAUGACGAUGUGAUGAUUGGAUAAAGUAGAAGGAAUAUGAAGUUUUCGCUCCAUUCGAUUGGCUAAAAAGAAUUUAUACUCUCCAAAAUCCUGACCACGUCGGGACCGACAAGAACUCUUCCCUGGCCCACACAGCGGAGUUGGGCAUCCUACCGCGAACACGUGGCUAAUGGAAGGAAGAUGUGGUCCAAGCUGGAUCACGGACUCCUUGCCUUCCAGUGCAAUCCAUUGGGAUCGCUCCGGAUCACCGGGCUGACGAGGGUGCUGCUGUGUCGACCUGCAAAGCGUUACUAUUACUCCUGUUUGAGCGAAUUGAAGCUGCC